AUGAACUACAUCACAUGGCUAAUGUUCGCUCUACCACUGAUCUAUGCUGAAAAAUCUGUACUCUGCUGUUUCUGUGUACUGCUAGCGUUGUGGAUCUUCCGGGAUCCUGGCUUUUUUACAGGAUUUGGUGGUUGGUUCCCGAAAAAUUGCUACACAGACGCAACAUCAGCGAUGAUCGUUGCCGUUCUACUGUUUGCUUUGCCAAGUGAAAAACCUGACAUUUUCACGUACAAAACGAAAGAGGAGCUCAAAAAGAAGUCCCGUCUCAUGGACUGGCCCACGAUACAAAAGACAUUCCCUUGGAACGUUGUUAUGUUGCUUGGAGGCGGUUUUGCUUUGGCUCAAGGUGUCCAGAAAUCCGGCCUUUCUGAUUGCAUCGGCAACUCACUUACGGGUCUAAACCAUCUUCCUCUGUGGCUUCUACAAGCCGUCACUAUGGCCAUUGUCAUGACGGUCACGAACUUUUGCAGUAACACUGUAACUGCGACGAUAUUUGUGAACAUCGUUGCUAAACUGGUUCGUAUUCACAAUACAUUGAAAAUCAUUGGGGAAACCGUUUUAACGUACGGGGCGGGUCUGCAAUGGAAGCGAAUCCUUUUCACUCUGAUGCUCCCGACGACGAUGUCGUGCUCGUUCGCCUUGGUGUUGCCCGUCGGGACACCACCUAAUGCCAUCGUGUUCGGGUCAGGAAUGGUGAAAAGUCUCACGAUAUGGGUUACCGCUGGAGUGGUGAUUUCCCUGGAAUGUCUCUUUUUGACCGUACUCUACAUGAACAGUGCUGCGUAUAUGUUCGUGCCGUUAGCAGAAUUCCCAACAUGGGCGUCGUUCAACUCGUCCGUACCACUCUGA